CGAUGCAAUGCGGCUCGCUGCUGCAGACAGGGAGGCGAUUUUGAAUCUGCUACCGAAUGCCUGGAUGACGCGUUGAUGGUUGUGACAGAGGGCCGUUGCGGAAAUGGCCUUGGCAGACGCAUUGCCUGGAGCUUGCGUGUGGGGAAAUGCUCAGAGCAUCUUGAAGCUGUGCCACGACGCUGCUGUCCCUGCCCACCUGUUCGCCUCGCCGUUGCUCCCCUCGUAGAAGAAGACGCGCUUUACCCGUUGACAACUGUCUUUCCACCGUGUUGGCCCACUAUUCGCCUCCAACCUAGGAUUCAAGCAUCAGAUUGGACCCUCGUGACGUCGCAUAGCCUCACGCACUGCACCACCACGCAGAGACAUGCACAUCUGGCCGACCUGAUCGCAAACCAUGGCCGUCGACGACUUUCUGAGUCGAGACACGGACGCCCUUGUGUUGCCUUCCAAGUCGUACUAUCCCACCAAGAUCCCUAUCGCACACUACCAGCUACGCCACUUCAUCAGCUCCCCCGAGCCCGACCUCGUCUACUAUGCAAGCGGCGCCGACAUCUACUGCCUCAAUGCAGCCACACGGACACAGGCGCACGUAACGACUCUGCCUUGGGAGGCGCGCUGCACUGCGUCAGGUCACGGCUAUGUGUGUGUUGGCGGGGCAGACCACGGCAACUUUGCCGCCAUCAAGCUCACUGGCUAUCCUCCCACCGACUCGGCUGACGUCGACGCUUCGCUGCCUCUGGACUUUGAACACCGUCUGCCUCGACCGCCCGUGCUAGGCGCUGCACAUCGCAUACGCCUCGAGAAGAUUGGCGAAGACAUUGUCAACUCCAUAACAAUACACAAGUUCUCCACCGACGACUAUGGCCGUGAUGAAGUGGUGGCUGUCCUCACCAACAACGACAAGACCGUGCGUGUAUACUCUUUGAUCCAGAACCUGGAGUUGACCGUGCUGGAUCUACCCUUUGCCAUGAACCAUGCCUCGAUCUCCCCCGAUGGACAGUAUCUGGUUGCCGUGGGCGACUCCCCCGCGGGCUUCUUCUACGAACGGACCAAAACACAGCAGAGGUCCAGCAGCGCGAAGAUGCCAGAAGGGCCAACUCAAUACACACCCCCAGAGUGGCAACUGCUUGAGCAGAUAAGCCUCUACCGCCCGGCGAACACGACCUGUGACGGUUACUUCACAACAGCAUGGUCGCCCGCAGGCCGUCUUUGCGCGUUGGGAUCCGAGUGUGGGUACAUCACCGUCUUUGACAUGGAUCUGCUGAGACUGGUCGAGUAUGGCGAAGAUGCAAUUGUACAGCUGAUCAGCUCGACAAGGCCAGAUGUGCUGGCCGGCGCUGGUGCAGUGAGGACCAUGUAUUUCUCACCAGCUCCUUGGGAUCUCCUCGUCUGGAGCGAGGACCAAGGUAGAGUAUGUGUAGCUGAUCUCCGUUCGGGGUUGAAAGUGAAGCAAGUCCUCGGUCUGGACCCGAAAGAGGAGGGUAUAGAGAAAGUUGAAAUAGCCGACUUUGAGUUGACACUCAGUCCAGAGAUGCAUGAGCUGCGUAGGGAAGCAGACUUCAUCCGCAGAUAUCGUCGUGCUCUGGACUCGGAAGGCACUGCGGCGGCCGUGAAUGCUGCUAAUGAGUACUUCGAGGCCGACACUGAGCGGCAAAGAGCCCAUCGCCGGUUAGGAGUAGUUGAAUCAGACAACGACCCACAUGGCUUGACAGCCCACGAACGACAGGUCCUCGAGGCGCUGCGGACAACUAGACAACGCGAGGAAGCCUACGAGCAGGGCGUCACACCCCGCAGUAUCAACUACACUACUUCGCGGUAUAGCGAUUCUACACGAGAAGCCAAUCGUCGCGACCUUCCCCCUUCUAUGCAGACAUCCGAUUACCACAUGUCGGAUCGAUUCCGCCAACUAAACCGUUCCAUCGCAGAAAGAACGGCACCACGUCGGCAGGCAUCCAUCGUUGUCUCUAUCAACGAAGGCACAGUCAACGCCCCAAGCAACUUCCAAACAAACAUCACCGAUGCCGUCACCACACGCUCGCCAAACACCAUCCCCGUGCACGCCCGUCGGGUGGCUAAUGAGAUCAUGACGUCCACAGACGACGCCUGGCGCACCAUUGAGGAAGCCCUGGCCAACCAAACGCGAAUCAGCAACACCGCCCGCACCGCCACGUCUAACACCAACAACGCCACAAGCAGCAGCAGCAGUAACCCCACCGCUCCAGAGCUUCGCACUGAGCUUCGCCGUCUCCGCCAACUAACACAGAUGCGCGAGCGUCUGAGGAGCGCGCGUGCAAGCCAGCCUCUAACUGAAACGUACGAGUUCAAUCUUGGUCUGGGGCGGCCGAGUCGCACAAUGCACCAUGAUCCAAGCCAGGGUGUGCGUACGGCGGGGCUCGCGAUGAGCCAGGAUGGGCGGACGCUGUAUUGUGGGACGGAGGAAGGAAUCUUUGAGUUCAAGAUCAAUAUGCACGCCAGGAAGGGGUGUCCUGCUAUCACGCUGAGAUGAGAUGGGGCAGCCUUAGGGAGGACUUUGGGUCAGAUUGGGGGUGUUCUCUUCGAUGUUGUGUUUGUACGACUACUUGAUUCAUGCCUCUGGGUUGCGUGUAACGGCGUCUGUGUUAGCGAGCAUGUCGGCGUAUUGUGGGUUGGGACUGGUACAUCAAAAUAGGGUAAUGUUUCUAGUAUAGGGACGGUGGCAUACCCAAAUAUUUGGUAUUCAAAUCGAUCAUAGGAAAUGGAAAAGUCUGUUU